AUGGAUAUCUCUGCUCCUCUACUCAGCCACUAUGGUGUUGGUGUGCAGUACCACUGGAGUUAUUCCAGUUCAGACUCUGAGUUCUAUAACGUCUCCUCUCCAGAGACUUGUAUCAUCUCCCCGUCCUCCUGCAUGGACUUCUCCCCCUCCUGGCUACCUCGGGGGACCGCCACAGGACCUCACAGGUCAACAUACUCUGGGGGAGCCAAGGCAUCUGCUUCCCCAUCCUCCAGCGACGAGGGAAGACUCUCCGGAGGGAGGAUUAGAAAGAACUGCUCCAAGAACCCCAGCAAGCAGAGACAGAGUGCCAGCGAGAAGGAGAAGCUGAGGAUGAGAGACCUGACCAAAGCCCUCCACCACCUCAGGACCUACCUGCCCCCCUCUGUGGCUCCAGCUGGACAGACUCUGACCAAGAUCGAGACCCUGCGCCUCACCAUCAGCUACAUCUCCCACCUGUCUGCCCAGCUGGGGCUCAGCGAGGAGGCUCUGUGCCAGAAGAAGGAGCUGAACCUCAAUGCAUCAGGACACCACAUAUCACCUCAACAAGACUCUGUGGGGCUGUGCCAGUUCAACACCUCCUCCUCAGGGAACUGUUGGGGAGAGGAGGCAGAGAUAGGUAGACGUGCAGGGCAGCACCAGACCCUCCAUCACACAGCCACGGAGAUGUGUGCUUAUGACGACACUGUCAACUCAAGUAUGGAUUCUCUGUUGGAAUCGCCAGAGUAUGCAGAGACUGCACAGUCAAGUCAGUUCCACAACUACUGCAAUCCACAUGGCCAGGGCUGA